AUGUGCGGCUCUCAGCAAGCCGUCCUCCAGCAUCAGCAGACCGCCGGACCCUUUGAGGUAUCCGCAGUGGACUCCUCUUGUGGCCUUGGCCGCGAGUGGGAGUGUGGAUCGCGCUCAGGUGGUGGCAGAGCUACUGUCAGCCCAGACAUCGUCUGCAGAGCUUGCCGACGAGACCGUUGCGCAGCACUUUGUCAAGGCAGUCUGCAAUAUGAUGCCAAUAUACUGAGUGAUUGCAUUCUGGCGGCAAGCGACCGUUCCCGCAAGUGCCGAUGGCUUCAGUGGAGCAGCUUUGACCAAGGCCCUUGCCGCGCUGCAUCCCAACGACAUGGAGUCCUAUUUGGAAGAUGUUCGACCGGAGGCGGAAUGUGUGUCGUCGUCGUGGUGGUGGUUUUGGUUUUGUGGUUUGUUUGUCGUUGUGGUCAUAGAAAGAUAGAUCGGCAGCUAGACCGACAGAUGAGGAAUCAGCUUGGAGGAGGCAUCUCUCGAAAUGCCUUCAGGAGCUGCCACUGCACUCUGUCGGCUUACCGUUCGUCCGACCCGUGCCAGGAGCUGGAAUCACUUGAGAACCGGCUGGAGGACUGGGAGAGUAUUGUACAACCACUGCAGCUUGUCACAAUUCCCUGGCCAGUUGCAAUACAUUCACCAUGA